AUCUGGAUUUUAAAAAAAUGUCUCUGGAUAAUGCGAACCCUGUAGUCUUCCAGAAAACAACCGAAAGAGAAAUCCUACCAGAAGAUGAAGACAAUGACGUACUUGACGAAAUAGAUGACCGAGAAGUGUAUGAUCUAAUAAGAUCUAUAAAUGAUCCUGAACAUCCCUUGACGUUAGAAGAAUUAAAUGUAGUUGACCAUGCUAAUGUUCAUGUUGACAAUAAGAAAAAUAAGAUUUCUAUAUCAUUCACACCAACGAUUCCACACUGUAGUAUGGCUACUUUAAUAGGUUUAUCUAUUAGAGUAAAGUUACUGCGAGCGUUGCCACCAAGAUUUAAGGUUGAUGUACAGAUAUCACCUGGUAGCCAUGCAUCAGAAGAGGCAGUCAAUAAACAACUUGCUGAUAAAGAAAGAGUUGCAGCUGCUUUAGAAAAUUCUCACCUAUUGAAAGUUGUGAAUGAAUGUUUAACAAUUAGAGAAAAAUGAUAUUUAUAAUACAAAAUAUGCCAUUAAAAGUAUUAAAGUUCAUGGUAAACAUUAUAAGGCGUUUGUAAAUGUGUACAUAGCUUAAUGCUUUCAAAUUAAUCAAAGCCAUACAAAUUUUUGUGAUAAUAAGAAAUCCAUUGUAAGGAAUUCCUUUAUCAAAUUCCAGGAAAAUUAAAGAUUUAAAUGAAACAUAUAACUUAAUGAAAUAUGAAAAUAAGACAUAAAAUAAAUAUUGAUGGAAAUUGGUAAUGCCUAGAUAUGACAUAUUAAUGGAAAUUGGUCUAGCCUAAAUAUUAAAUAUUGAUGGAAUUUGGUCUAGCCUGGAUAUUAAAUAUUCAUGGAUAAUGGUAUAACCUAGAUAUUAAAUAUUGAUGGAAUUUGGUAUGGCCUAGACAUUAUAUAUUGAUGGAAAUUGGUAUGGCCUGGAUAUUAAAUAUUCAUGGAACAUGGUGUAGCCUAAAUAUUUAAUAUUGAUGAAAACUGGUAUAGCCUAAAUGUUAGAUAUUGAUGGAAUUUGGUAUAGCUUAGAUAUUAAAUAUUGAUGGAUAAUGAUAUGGCCUAGACUUCUGUGAAAUAUUGAUGGAAAAUGGUAUGGCCUAGAUUGAUGGAACAAAUUAAUUUUUUAUUUAUUGUUUUAAAUUUGAAAUAAAGGUAAAAAAAUGU